CAAUUGAUCUUAUUUAUUUACACACUCUGCAGACGCCACUAUGCCCAGACAUUUGAAGGUGGUCAUAACGAAGUAAGAGGCAUGGCAUAUGUUGCUAGCGCUUGCAAGAGUUGGCGUGGUGCUUUGGUUUCUGAUGACGCCAAAAGCAUGGUGGGCAUGACAACGAUUGCACAUGAAGUACUUCACACUAUAGGGGCUGUUCACGAUGGCACCGUCGGACCGGACUACGUUCCAGGCAGCCCAAGCGCCGAAAAUUGUCCGGAUGAAAAGCAAUUCAUUAUGACAGCGACCCCACCUCAUCUACUGCUUCCUCUGUCAAACUGCACCCGCGAUCAAGUGUUGGCUUUCCUAGAAACUCCAGGAGCCGCAUGUCUUCAAAAUUCGCAGCAGCGAACCUCGCCUUCGCUAUCCGAGGCAAACUUGCGAACAAUUCUUGUGGACGCAAACAGAUAUUGCAAACAUCUGCACAAAGAUGCCGAAACAGUUCAGUACGUUGCGAGCUACAACGAGGCGUACGACAUUCGAAAGUGCAUUUUGGUGUGCCUAACUGUCAACGUUGUUGGAGAAAAGGAACACAAUAUCCACGCCGCCCCUGACUACACCCCGUGUAGCGACACAGCAAAACAGGUCUGCUAUAAAGGCAUUUGUAUGGAUAUCCCUCACACACCAAAAUCAUUGCCCAAGGGGAUAAGGAAAGUUGCCAGUGCUCGUCUGCGGCUGCUAAAUGAAGUGCAUAGAGAAUAAAGAG